AUGCCCUCCACAUUGAACAUUGAGCAAUUGAAUGCCAAUCCAUCUUCUCGAAUCAUUAUCGUUGGGGGAGGCAUUGUCGGCGCAGCGCUGGCAUUCCAUCUUUCCGAGGCCAAAAGUGAAAAUCAUAUCAUACUUAUCGACAAGAGCUUAGAAACACUAUUGGGCUCUACGGGCCACGCCCCCGGAUUUGUUGGCCAGCUCAAUGAGUCUCCUGUCUUGACCCGGUUGGCCAAAGACACCGUUCAGGACUACCUCACGAUUCCAGGUGGCUUCGAAACAGUCGGUGGCCUGGAACUUUCCUCUACGCCUUCUGGGUUGGAGGCUUUAGAGCGCCGACAGAAAACAGCGCAGGCCGCUGGUCUACCUGCGGAACUCAUCACCCCAGAGGUAGCUGCUUCUCUUGCUCCGGAAUUCAUCGACGCCAAUUCGAUUAAGCACUGUCUGCAUUUCGCAUCAGAUGGAACCGCAAAUGCAGGCGUCAUUACUUCCUACUAUGUCAACCAAGCUCGCGCCAGAGGGGUUGACUUCCUGGAAGCCGCAGUAACGGGCUUUGUGACCAAGAAGGACAACGAAACGUCAAAGAUUGCCACUAUCAAGACCGCUAGUGGAGAUAUCAACUCGGAAAGCAGUACUGUGAUUCUCGCUACAGGGAUUUGGACAUCUUCCCUGAUUUCCAGCGAUAAAACCCCUGUCACGCAACUCCCGAUUCCCAUUGUCCCCGUCGCACAUCCCUACACCUUUACUCCGCCUCGGGCUAGACGUGUCGAGACCAUGGAGACCGAGAUGGUCUUGGCACUUAUGAUCACCCCCCCGAUGCAGCUUGAUCCCACUGAAAGCGCAAUUGGAGCUUGGCCAUCAAGUUUCGAUCAAGUUCUAUCAGAGGCUGCUUCGCAUCUGAAGAACAAGUCUGAGUUCUUGGUCCAGGGACAGAACAAAGACCCAGAAGAGCCUUAUGUAGCGGACAAGCCAUUCAAUGGUAUCUUUUCUGUCACGCCUGACAACUUGCCCUUCGCUGGUCGGGUUCCUGAUGUCAAGAAUCUGUGGCUUGCCGCCGCCAUAUGGGUUACCACUGCUGCUGGCACCGCUAAGCUCUUGGCAAGAGAGAUUCUUGGCGAUAGUGAACAUUCAACAACUUCAGAAGACAAGGCUCUCCUGGACGCUUUGAAUCCUGCACGCUUCCAAGGCCUCGAAGCGGGUCUGCUUCUGCGACAAUCGUUGUCAAAGUACAACGAUAUUUAUAACCGUGAGGCCUAG